UCUCUCUCUCUGUCUCUCUCUCAAUUUCAUCCCUGUAAUCUGACCAUGAGAAAGAUCAGACUCCUAAAGCGUCUAAGCUUCCUUCCCGUCCGACCACACUACAGUCUCACCAUUCCCAUCCUUCCAAACCAACCCCACCGACCCUUCUCGUCUCCCACUCCAGAUUCUCAAGAUCCGACCGUCCAUCUCCUACACAACGCAAUCCUAUCGUCCCAAUGGCACUCCAUUCCCUCAAACCUCUCCCCAUCUCAAAUCUCCACCGCCCUUUCCAACCUCCACUCCUCCCCCCAUUGCGUCCUCUCGUUCAUCCAACGGCUGGAAUUCAACCGCCUCGAUCUUCCUUCCAUCUCCCUUGCCGUCGUCAUCCUCUCCCGUCUCCCAUCGCCCCGCCCUGCUCUCAAUCUCCUAAACCAAGCAAUCGCCGCCAACCUCGCAUCCAACCGUCAGAUCUUCGACGCGCUAGCCGCUGCCCGCGGCCAGCUGAAAUCUACGCCGACCCAUGUCUUCGAUCUCCUGAUCAAAGCUGCCUGCGAAUCGAACAAACCCGAUGACGGCUUGCAGACCUUCUAUCUCAUGAAAACCAGCAAAUUGCUCCCCAAGAUCGAAUCUUGCAACAAUCUUUUGUCGUCAUUCUUGCGGUCGAAACGGACAGACAAAACCUGGCUCUUGUAUGCUGAGAUGUUCCGGUCGAAAAUCCCAUCGACAGUCAUCACAUUCAAUAUCAUGAUCAAUGUGUUGUGUAAAGAAGGGAAACUGAAGAAGGCGAAAGCUUUCAUAUCCUUCAUGGAAGACUUUGGAUUCAAACCAACCGUUGUGACGUAUAAUACAGUAAUUCAUGGGUACUGUUCUAAGGGGAAGAUUGAAAGCGCAUUUGAGAUGCUCGAUGAAAUGACUGAAAAGGGUAUUGACCAUGAUUCUUAUACUCAUGGCUUGAUGAUAAGCGGGCUGUGUAAGGAGGGUAGAUUGGAAGAGGCAUCUGCAUUUUUUCAGAAAAUGGUGGAUAAUGGGUUGAUUCCAAAUGCAAUUACUUAUAAUACUUUGAUUGAUGGGUAUUGUAAUAAAGGGAAUUUGUCGAGGGCGUUUUCAUAUCGGGACGAAAUGUGUACAAAAGGGAUUGAGCCAACGGUUUGUACUUUUAAUCCACUCGUGCAUGCGUUGUUUAUUGAAGGUAGGAUUGAUGAGGCGGAUGCAUUGGUUAAGGAAAUGGAGGGGAGGGGUGUUAGUCCAGAUGCAGUCACAUACAACAUUUUGAUCAAUGGGUAUUGCAAAGAAGGGGAUGUGAAGAAGGCAUUUGAGUUGUUCGAUGAAAUGUCAAGUAAAGGUGUCCGUCCGACAAAUGUGACUUACACAUCACUGGUUUAUGUUCUUUGUAAGACGAAUCGAAUGAGUGAGGCGAAUGGGUUGUUUGAACGAGUACGGAGUGAGGGGUUGAAGCCGGAUGUCGUCAUGUUCAAUGCUUUGAUUGAUGGAUAUUGCUCGAAUUCAAACAUGGAGCGGGCAUUUUUGCUUCUGAAGGAGAUGGAUAGGAGGAAUGUGCGUCCUGAUGAGGUUACGUACAAUACAUUGAUGCGGGGAUUGUGUAUGGUGGGGAAGGCUGAUGAGGCUCGUGGACUGCUGGAUGAGAUGAGAGGGAGGGGAAUUGAACCAGAUUUUAUCAGUUACAAUACUCUUAUUAGUGGGUAUAGCAGGAAAGGCAAUAUGAAUGACGCAUUUAAAUUUCGGGAUGAGAUGCUGAAUAGAGGCUUUAAUCCGACUCUUCUUACUUAUAAUGCGCUCAUACAAGGACUUUGUAAGAAUGAAGACGGAGAUCAAGCAGAGGAGCUCCUUAAGGAGAUGGUAAGUAAAGGCAUCACUCCUGAUGACAGUACGUACAUCUCUUUGAUUGAGGGCCUUAGCGAAGGUGAUGGCUUGGUGGUGAGUAAUGGGGUGUAAAUCCAUUCUUUCGUUGGAAGAAUGCAUGCUAAUAUCAGUGUUUGGUUGAAACAUGUGAUCCUAUUUCAAGGAAAUCAAUUUCCAGUUGGUGGGAGCUGGGAGGCAAUAUGCAACAUGUUUUUGAGGGACACAUAAGGUCCAGUUGAGCAUUUGUUCAGCCCAAUAAGUUGUGAAUGCAAGGACCGCCAUUUCGUAAUCCGGUCUUUCAUAUGGAUGACCAUGAUGGAUGGGAGAUACAAGAAAGAAGUUUCCCCACUGGAUGAGUCUAGCUAUCUUAUUGGGCCCUAUUAAAUCUUAACUAUCGUCUAGUUUCAUCGGAUGGCUACAAGCAUUGGAUAGGAGAUAUCUAGGGCGUGAUCCAUCACAUGAGGUGUCCCACUCUCUCAACUCAUUGACAUGGUUGUCUGUUGGUCCUGCCCGAAGUGGCAUGGGAGAACUUGCAGGCACUUAUUAUUGGCUUUUCUUGUCAGUGGAAACCUUAUGAGUUCUCGGUGAAAUAUAGGCAAGGUCUUUUCUCUGAUGCUUGGCAAAUGACCCCAAAAUUGAGUAUGUGAUCCCUCUGUGGAAGUUCGUCACUUUCCAAGAGUCCCAACCUUCAUGUGGCUGGCUAUCAAGCAGAAAAUCCUAAUGAUAGUUGCAUCAUUGAGGUUCACCCAUUCCCAACAGGUGUGUCUUGUACAAAGGCAGUGAGGAGAGCAGCACUCAUCUUCUUCUACAUUGCCAAAUUGCCUAGGCGGCGUGGAAUUUCUUUCAAGCAAAGUUCAAGAUGGAGUGGUCUUUGUGCACAGUGUUGGAGGAGCAAUUCAUCAGUUGGCACGAUAGCCUUUUCAGCAGCAAAAGAAACUCUUUGGAACCUCACUCCCUUUGCACUUUGUUGGGAAAUAUGGAAAGAGAGGAAUAAUAGAAUCUUCAAUGACAUUCAAAGUUCCCCGGAGACCUAGCUGGACAAAAUCAAAGGGAAUAAAUAUCAUUGAAUGUGUUGCGUUAUGCAAAUCUCUUCGCUGGGAUGUCUGCCUCUGAGAUCAGCAGUGAAUGGCCAACAUCUUGGCUUAGCUCCUAGACCUGUUUAAACACUUCGUUUAACUCUGGCAGUUUUAUUUUUUGUUUUCUUGUUUGGUUGUAUUGCCAGUUUUUCUUCUCAGCAUUUUAUCGCUUUUUUCUAUAACAGAUAAACAGUGACUUGCUCAAAAUAAAUAAAUUAAUAAAAGUGAAUGAUUGCUAUAAAAUAAUGAUAUACCAAUUGAGAUUAAAAAAAAAGGAAUUGAAGAUUACCUUCUUUGGUUGUGUACGUGUGCUCUUUAAUUGUUAAUACAGGAGUAUUUUUUUGGUGAUA